AAAAUAAUCUAUUUUGCAAUUUAGUUCCUAGCUACAUCAAUCGCCUAUUUCCAGCAUCUCAUUUCUUCCGCUCUCCGCCCUAACCUCACUCGCGAUUCAAUCUUCUUCACGGCUAAGUUCUUCGUCCUCGCGACCUCUUUGAUCCUCGAAACUGACACUGCUCGCCGGCUUCGUGGAGGCGGAUUGGAGCAGCUCUGCUCUUGUUCCACACUUUUCUUCUGGAAGGGCGUUACGCAUUUUAACGGUCGUAACCGGCUGGAAAGUUCCUAGCCCUUGCGAACACUUCGAUACUCGAAACCAAACCGCUCGCCGGUUUCGGGGAGAUAAAAGGGUUUCCAACAGAGACGCCGAAAAACUGUUUCGGUCACCGUCGGUGCUGGGAUGUUUGCAGAUUAGUAAUCUUGAGUCACUUGGAAGGAAAGAUGCCUCUUUAUGAUUGCAUGCUUCUGUUGAAACCGAAUGUAAAAUCAGAGCUCCUUAUGGAUUUGGUACAAAGGAUAGGAAAGCAUGUGUACCGAAGAAAUGGAGUAUUGACUGAUAUUAAGUCCUUUGGAAAUGUUCAAUUGGGAUAUGGUAUAAAGAAAUUGGAUGGAAGAUACUAUCAGGGUCAACUGAUGCAGCUGACAAUGAUGACCCCACCCAGCUUCAACAGCGAGCUCCAUUACCUGAACAAAGAAGACCGGCUGCUGCGCUGGCUUUUGAUCAAACACCGUGAAAUGAAGUUUGGAUCGGAUUUCUUUGACAUGGAUGGUGUUAAAGAAGAGACAAUGAGUUCGGUGGGCAAUUUGUAUGAUGGUGAGGAUAAUGAAGAGGAUGAUGAAGACGAUGAUCAUGAUGCUGAUGAUGAAUAUGAAGCAGAGACGCAGCCUGGUUCUAAGCUAGUGUGAUCCAACAUUGAGUGAGAUUCGUUGUGACGAAACUCUUUUUUUUUUUUUUUUUUUUUUUUUUUUAAGUCGAAA